AUGGGAAUGGAAGUUCAGGCCAGAUUAGAUCUCCAACGGCAGACUAUGAAUAAUCUUCAGGACAAGUAUAAGAACCUUCAGGAUCAGAACAAAAGCCUUCAGGACCAGAAUGAGAACCAGAAGAAGGAUUACGAACGCGAGAUGAACGGGUGUUACGGGUCGUUUGUGGUCGUUGUGCUCCUCUUCGCCGCCGUCAUAAUAUGUGGCUUUCUGCCAUCUUCUUCGCCCGAACGCUGUUCAUAUGCGCUAGGGGCGAAAGCAGUCCAGAUGACAGCCACGCCUACUACGGUCACGGUCACGCUACCCGUAGCCGCGCCUACUACAGUCACAGUCACGCUACCCGUAGCAACCAACGCCGUGCCGACUAUCAAAGCCGCCUCAUCAACCGAUGCUCCAACAUCAACUGGUCCGGCAAGUGUUAUCCCCAAGUCGUACUUUUCACACAAGACUGCAGUAUACUAA